AUGAAGUACCAUAUGAUCUUUGUGGGAGCAAUAUCCCUCCUGAACUAUCAGGCAUAUGGUCUCCUGCAUGAACUUGUAGCUCCACCACUUCCGCAAAACUUCCAGGUCAUCGAUAAAGGAGUAGAAGGUUUAAAUGCUCACAUCAAGCCCUUGCCUGGCAUGGAAAAGAUGCAAGCAGAUUUUGAUCUUAAUCAACAAUUGCAAAGACAGACCAUUAACUAUCAAUUCAAUCCGAAAGAAUCAGAUGUCCAAUUCGGGCCGUUCGGGUCGGAAACAGAUGAAGUUGACGGAGGCACGCUGCACAUUUCUGGACCAACUACUUCAGUAGCAGCACCAGAAAUAGCACCAGAGGCAAUCGCAGAACCAAUAAGAAGUGCAUGGGUGGCCGCACGUCGAUUCAGAGGAUGUUCUCGCAAACCUCCGCAGGGCGAAGUCCCCCCGGCUGUCAAGGGACGUUUAGCUUGGUUCUUCAACGGUGGUAUAAAUGGAUGUUGA